UUUGAAUAUAUCUCUUGGAAAUUCUCUACUGUCUAUAUUAUAUAAAAGUACUAUAUUUUGCUAGAAACUAUAAUGACUGAUCUAGAAACUCCGAAAGUUUUACUCAAGCCCAUACUAAUCCUGAGGGAUGCUGGCUCUGGUGGCGAUGGGAUGUUAAGCACGAAGGCGAAAAAGAAUGUCACCUUCAAGCGCGUCGUCGAGUACUACACCUACUCUGACAACCUGAAGAUGCGUCUGGAAAAGACGUCUCUGCUCCCGGACGAGAACUUGAAUCUAAGUGGGGUAGAUAUACCAACGCGGCGCCUCAGCGAGGAGGCCAAUUUGUAACUACUCCAUGCUCCAGCCCCAUCUACGAUUCGAUUCUCGGAAAAUUAAACAGAAAGAAGCGGAUGCGGAUGCGGAAAACGGAUGUUUCAAAUUGGCGACGUGACACUUUUAACUUAAUUGUGCCCCAUAUUUUGCACUUUAUUAUGGGCAAGGACAUGAAUGUAAUACGUGCGGAUGGGGCAGGGCAAGCAAUUUUAUAUGUACAAUAUUUCAUGACACAUUUUUGUACUUUUAAACGCAGCGCGUUAGCCGCUCUUCUGCAUCCAAAUGUUUGGGUUUUACCAAACAAGCAGGUGGAUUGUGCUAUCUGCGAGCAAAUAUACAUAAAUACAAUACGAAUA